AUGAAUCGUAUGAAUCCGUUCUUGGCUGCCGCUUGCAAUUGCCGUUCCGGCGCUGUCGUAAUGGAGCAGAUCCAUAUUUUAAUCAUUUUGUGCGUCAUGUCUGGCCCAGAUGGGCUCAUGGAAACUGGUCAGAGAAACGUAUGUGCCGUGAAUUAUGUUGAAAUUGCUUACAACCAGAUCAAGGGUUGUACUGGCAUUGGUCUUUCCCAGAAGAAUGACGUCGCUUGCUGUGUAGACGGCGUCAUUCUCUAUCUGGGCGCGGUGCUUUGCAAAACUCUGUAUAUUGUGAUAUACAAUCUGAACAGCGCAGCGUUCUUGAAGCAGGGCUGA